GCUUCUAGAAGGGUCACGAUUCGGUCCAUUUCUCCACUCCAUUGGACCAUUGGUGGCCGCCAUAAGCGACCCGUCUCCUCCGCUUUUUUCUGCCACGAAUUUGUCGGAGUCUGUCGAAAACUUCCGUUUUCUUCGAUCUCUGUCCUCCUCGUCGCGGAUCGGCUGUCGCCUUUUCUCCGGCAGCGGCAAUCUCCACAUGGAGGGCGGCAAGGUUGCCGAGAAGCAGCAGACGUCCUACACCUACUGGGUGAGAGACAUGCAGGAGGACGCUGCGCCGCUACCCGUGCCGCGAAAGCUCACGACUGCCGACAUCACCAAGCAGGCGCAAUCUAGCCCCCUCGGAUCCGUCUGGAAUCAGGCUGGGACUUGGGAGGAGAAAAACCUGAAUACAUGGGCAAGCAACAGGAUAAAGGAAUUGCUGAAGUGUUUGGACUCAUUGGAGUUCUCAAAUGGCAAAGCAUAUAUUGAAGAUGUGUCAAAAUGUUCAGGAGAUGCAUUCCUUGUGACCGUACGAAAUAAGAAGAGAGUUGGUUAUACCUAUGAAUUGACUUUAAAAUUCAAAGGUGAAUGGCAAAUCCAAAAUGAACUCAAGAAGAUCAAAGGCCACUUAGAUUUCCCUGAGUUCUCUUUUGGUGAAGUUGAAGAUCUGGAGAUGGAAGUGACCCUUAGCGAAGAACAGGAUUUGGAAGCAGUGGACAAGAGCCAGAUAUGCAAGGACAUGAGGUCGUUUUUAGCACCCAUCCGUGAGAAACUACACGAGUUUGAACAAGAGUUAAAAGAAAGGUAGAAAUACUACCACCAAUUUCCGCCCAUUAUCAUGUUAACUAUUGGAAUUAUUAGUUAGUAUUCAUGAGUUAAAACAGUGUUGUAGUGCAUAUGCAUUUGGAACAUUUGUAUGUGCUCUCUUGUCAAAUUAAAUUUGUGACCUAUGUUUAGAAACUUUUUCUUGUGCCAUUUUGUAGCUUCUGUGUCCUCUUGGUUUGCUGUCUAUUAUCAAUGUUUGUGUUGGGAUAUCCGUCGUCCUUAUGGUAGUCAUCAUUAUGUAUUUAUGUUGUUCCAACUAUUUCUAGAUGUCAAUUGUAUGAACACUUUGUAGCUUCUUUGUC